CGUACCGCGCGCGAGGCGUCCACACGUCUUGGCUAUGUCGAUGUAGUGCUCUGUGAUACCUCGAAAAUGUAUAACCAUCACUAUAUAUUUGCUGUUUUCUUCGCCAUCAACUUAAUAAUGGUCUCCUCCCUACCAAGUCCUACGACAGAGGAGGAUGAGGACGAAGACGAGACCACACCAAGUAGAGCUGAUGCAGAUGACGAUGGCAGAAUUUACAAGAACCCAAGGAACUCUCCUUCAGCUCAGUGCCCAAGGGAUGAAGAACAGGCCACACUACUAGGACAAAAAUGUCUUCGUAAAUGCUCCUCGGACGAAGACUGCAAAAGUAAAAAGAAGAAAUGCCUCUGUGACGGAGCUUGUGGCAUGUCCUGCAUCAAGCCGGAUCGUGAAUGUCCAGAAAUAGAACAACCGGAGUCAGCAGAAGAUUCACUCACCAUAACCAUCACUGGGAGGCUGUUUGGUGACAAAGCGGUAUAUUCCUGCCCUCACGGCUAUCACGUUGUUGGACUUCAGUCGAGGAGUUGUCAGGCCGAUGGCAAAUGGGCUGGACAGCCUCCGGCGUGUAAGAAGAACAUAUACUGUCUCCAACCACCAACAAUUGAGCACGCUCGCCACUCCGCCCUGCCUGAGCAAGCGACUUUCGACCUAGAUGCUACUAUCCAGUACAACUGUCACACUGGCUACGUGACGAACGGCUUCCCUAGGGCUAAGUGUCUGGCGAUUGAGGGACAGGCUUCGUGGUAUGGGCCGGAUAUUACCUGUGAACCCCGCUCUUGUGGUGAACCAGGCGAUGUUCCACAUGGUUGGGUGACAGCAGAUUGUCAUACCUUCGGGUGUAGAGCAGUGGUGCAAUGUGGACAAGGCUUCGAGCUGGUUGGUAAAGCGGAACGUUACUGCCAAUCUGAUGGAGCCUGGGCACCUAAGGAACUACCUACGUGUGUCCUGGUGACGCAGGUGCAGUGUCCAGCGCCAGAGGCGCCAAGACAUGGAAAGGCCGUGUACACAUCUUGUGCAUACAACUCUGUUGUAUCGUACGAGUGUAAAUACGGAUACCGCCUGGUCGGUGAUGCGACUAGGAGAUGUGGAGCUGAUAAGAAGUGGUCAGGAACUCAACCGGCGUGCAAGGAAAUCAACUGCGGUCAUCCAGGUCAGCUCUGGAACGGUUGGCUGGAGAACAUAUCCUCGGGUACAGGGUUAGGAGCAUCGAUAAUAUUCCGAUGCCAGGAUGGAAUGAGAAUGGAAGGCAAUGGCUCUGCAAUAUGCCAGAGCGAUGGCACUUGGAGCCAUCCUCUGCCACAAUGCUUAGCUCCGUGUGUAGUCCCACACGUGUCUCAAGGGAAAGUGGUAUUGAUGGAAAAUAAGACAGCGGAAAAUGAUACGGAAGAACAAACACAAGUAGUCGGUAGCUCAUCGAUGGUGCAACAUGGCGAGAUGAUCGUCGUCGACUGUGAGAAGAAUUACGAAUUUCCGUCCAAUAAUGUUGCGGUUACAUGCAAUAAUGGUACUUGGACGCAAAUACCGAGAUGUCAACCGGCCAGGUGUAAAAAAAUGCCAAAGUUCCCUCGACAUGGAAUGGUGAUAGCUCCGAAAACGGAACACGGUAUGAAAGCGAGAUUCAGAUGCAAAGAUGGGUACGAAUUACGAGGGAAUCCUAUUGUUGUAUGCUCCUUUGGAGUUUGGAAUGGAGAGACGCCAAAGUGUGAAGAAGUAUUUUGUCCAUUCCCUGGCUAUAUUGAAAAUGGCAAAGUGCUUCUAGUUGGAAAUAUGGGAUUAUAUGAUUACCGUCCAUAUGUUAAAAAGGUAGUAAACAAUAAACAAAUUAUGUAUGAAUGUGAAAAAGGCUAUGUACUAUCGGAAGGUCCGCCUGGAGCGACCUGCGUUGGUGGUCAUUGGAGUCCCAGAGAACUACCUAAGUGCACACUUUACCAACAUCCUCGAAUAAGAUGGAGUAGGAGACGUCGAUCAAUAACCGAACCGGAAUUACGUCAGAAAAGAUCUGCUUAUCUACGGCAGUAUUACAAUAAACUUCGGAGACAGUCUGACGCUUCACAGGAGCAAGUGGAUGAGUUAUACGACAAAUACAACCAUGACAAUUCAAAACCAACUCUAAGACAUGCAAAUUUUAAGCUUAUGAAGAAAUUCGAUCUGGACUUCGAAGGAGAGGAAGAUGAUAUGAUUGGUUCUGAUGUACCUGAGGGAGAAAAUUUCCCAACAGCUGUAUACACUGUUUACAAUAUACAUGGUGAACCUAUAGGGCAUAAGUUUUAUUCAUAUCAACCAGUUUAUGAACCGGAAGACGAUGAGUUGGUCCAUCGUGUUGAUUCGACUGAAUAUGAUGAAUCAGGUGUAUCAGAAAACGAUUCGCACAUUACGAUAUUAAAGGGUGGGACUUUUUCUGAUCAUGAUGUUGAGAGCAAUGAAAUAUCUGAAAACAUUAACAAAUUAAAACAUCAGUAUUUCGAAAGAUACGUCGACAAAAGACGAAAAAGAUUUUUAAAUUCAAAAGUAAAUAUUAGAAAAGAAGUUAAUGUUGAAUUAAAUGCAACUGAAAGUAAUUUACAUAUCACAACACAAACACCAGACGAACCUAAGUCUAGAGUUAAACGGAACAUAAAUGUUGAAGAAUUUGAUACUCAGUUGUCGACGAAAAAUUCAAUUCCACAAAAUCCAAAUAUAAUCAACGAUAUUGAUACUGAUUUACUGAAAGUUAUACCAUUGUCAUAUACGCAAAAUUCUUUCAAUGAAAAUAUAGAAAAAGAAAUGUCUGUUAUUCCUCUACAGUACAAAAAUACUAAUUCAACCGAAAAUAAAUUGGAUAAACGUGAAAAAAGAACAAGUAGAAAAACUGACAGAUUAAAUCAGACAACGGCAACUGUACCAAAAACAGGUCGCGAAGGCAAAGGUGGAAGAAAUAGACAGCAAUCUCAAUCUAGUACAGAAGAUGACAAAGGUCAGAGCGUUGAAAUCAAAGACGUAGAAGGAGUUAAUAAGACAGGGAACGAGAAAGGCAAGAAAGCGAGACCUAAAAGCCCAUGCGAAGCAAUCGAAAGCGAACCUUAUAUAAAUAUUGAAGUUGUUAAGUAUGGAAGAGACCCAAAUAACACUUUUAGUUCUGGCACUAUUGUUAGAGUCGCAUGCGGUAAGGGAUAUGGUCUAAACUUGGAACCAAACGCGACAGCUAAAUGUGUUCGUGGUAGGUGGAAACCCGAGAAGCCCGUCUGCGAAGUUUUGCCAUGUCAUGUACCGUCAACAGAGUAUGGCAUAUACACGAUGUCACCCAGCGCAAGUCCCGCAAGUAUUGUGUCGGGCCUCGGUCAAGGAGAUGAGAAAGAAUUGAACGAAACUGAUCCGGUACCCAAUGGUCAGGUUGUGCAUUUUUCAUGUGAAUAUGGGUAUAACGUACAAGGACCAACAAAUCUCCGCUGUUGGCUUGGGGAAUGGGCAGUAACUAGUAUGCCAGAAUGUGUUGCUGCCCCCUGUGAACUUCCAAUCCUGCAUGGUGCAACUUACGAAGCUGGGUACAGAUCUGGUCUGACAGUAGCACACGCAUCAUCAGUCAAUAUUGCAUGUGAUCCCGGUCGGUCACCACCUGCCACAUUAAACUGUCAUUUGGGAAGAUUACAACCUACCGUUCUCGAUUUUUGUAGACCCUUAGCAAAUAUGAGUCGACCUCGACCGACGUCAGAAUACCAAAGCGGUUCAGACAUUGUAAGAGAAGAUAUUUCUGAACUAGAACCGGAUUUGAAAGGAAGAGGAGUUGUAGAAUGCGGGCCACCAGCUAGGGUUCAAGGAACUCUAAUAUACCGUGAUGGCUCUGAGGUAAACGAGACCGUGGAGGUGAAUGGUUACCCUCAUGGAACAGUGGUCACAUUUAGAUGUAUAGCGUCCAUCAUGGGAGAGAAAACGACAUGGAAGCUAAUAUGUGAACAUGGAAAUUGGGUCGGGAAAAGUUUUAAUUGCGAAGACCUGGAGGCACAAAGCGAGGAACUUCUAAGCAAUAACAGCUGUACGUUCCGUAACGAGGAACCACAUGUCGUCUCUUUCUUCAACGACUUGGAGAUCACUGAGACUGUUGACUUUCCACCUGGCUCGGUUAUUAUAUCUAGAUGUAGCGACAUCGGCAAGUAUGCAAUGACGGGAUCACAAAUUCGAAAAUGUGUAGGAGGGUCCUGGGACGGUGUCAAACCAACAUGUUUCGGACUGAAUCAAGAAAACGACUACGCUAUGGAAAAACCGCCAACAAUCCUGUUCCGACAUUCUCAAGGUCCAAUUGCACAAACUAACGACGGAAAACUCAUAGUAUACCCUGGAACUGUGCUCCAUAUGGAGUGUUUGUGGAUGCGAAGAUUUGGCAACCCCAAAUGGAACGUCACUCUUUUCGAUCCUGAAGUAGACAAGAAGUACAUAGAAGGCUGGACAACUGACCCAGGUCGAGAUAGCAGUCUUGAGUAUAGAUUGAGCAUCAUUAAUGCUGAAAAAGAAGAUUCAGGAAUAUACCGUUGCGAAACACCAGCUCGACAGAGUCACCAAGUAGAGAUCAUCGUUGAAGAUGUCCACUGUCCCCCUCUCCCAAUUCGUCGAGGGCUGGUGGCCAGCACGGCCAACACUCAGCUCGGCACUGAGAUCAAGUUCUCCUGCGCCAACGGUAACGCAUUGCUCGGGGCGCAGACACUGGUGUGUCGCGCUUCUGGUAAUUGGAGUGCUCCGCUUCCUGUGUGUGAAAGCGUGGAGUGCGGGGAGGUGCUGCACGACGCGGCGCUGGGCGAGGGCGAGCGGCGGCCGCGCGUGGCGGUGGUGUCGCGCGGCGUGGGCGGGCGCGCCGCCUUCUCCUGCCCGCCCGGCUGGGCGCUGGACGGGCCCGCCGAGACCGUGUGCCUGCCCGCCGCCGACUGGGCCAGACCCUUCCCUAUUUGUAGAGAGGUUUCAUGCCCAGCGCUACCGCCCCCGGCAUCAGGGUAUGUGCUCGGUCGGGCGCCUUACAGGGCCGGUGACGUGCUCCAGUUCCACUGCAACCCCGAACACACCCUCCACGGAAGACCUAUCCUCGUCUGUCAGGACAGCGGACGGUGGAGUGACAAACCACCAACAUGUGCUCAAGCCUGCACUUACCCGGGUACAACAAUAUCCGGACGCAUGUCAUCAGUCAAAUUCUACUACAAGAUUGGCGAAACAGUUACGUUUACGUGCGAACCUGGAUAUAAACUCAAAGGGGCACCGAUGCUCAGAUGUCUCAAGAAUCGAAAAUGGUCCAAUGCUAUACCUCUCUGCACUCCAAUGAAUAACUACACAUCGAUCGAUUCCCUCGCAAUGUUCAACGGUGACUUCGACGCCAUGUUGUCUGACGAAGCCAUCUUCCCGACUGACAUUUUGAAAAGGCGCGAAACACUCGCCAUCUUGUCGCCGGAAAGUUAUAAGGCCGCCAUGACACGGGUAGCGGCCACUCGUAUGCUAAGGAGGUCGCCUUUAGAGACUUAUAAAAAUAGAAUUUUUAGAGUUAAUAGACUACUAAGAAGGGACACGGAGAGAUAAUUACUAGAGCGUAAUGUAAAAUUUUAUGUCAUAUAGAUUGUGCCAAAAAUAUUUUUUGAGCCUUCGAAAUC